UUGUGGAGGGCUAACAUUCGCCCGAUUCCAGUCGCUCCCCACCAAGCCAGAAAAUGAACGGCAAAGGCGGAGAUGCCCUCAGGCCUUAUCAACUUCUAGUUGCGUGGUUGGUGAGCUGUGACUGAGAGCUUUCCCCAUCCCCAGCUGCAGAUAUCUAGAUCUGGCCAUCCCUCGGUGCCAAGAACUUGUCCAUUCUAGAUCUGCCAUCUAGCGCUAAAUAAAGCAGUCGUCGCUGCAUAAAUCCACACCAGAGACUAUACUAGAGGUGAGAGACAUGGAGGAUUCAGCGGUGAGCUCGUGCAAGUCCGCGCUGGACAUUGUUAUCGACCACGCCAAAUCCAUGGUUGCCGAUGAGGACGCCCUGCAGCUGGGUGUGCAGCGCGAUGUGGCCAUCAUCGCUGACGAGUUCGAGAUGAUGAGAUACUUCCUCAUGACGACCGGAGACCAGGACCAAGAUCGGGGCUGGGUGAAGCAGGUCCGCGACCUGGCCUACGACGUCGAGGAGGUCCUCAAGAGCUUCGCCGCCAAGGUGGACCAACUGGAGAAGCCGUCCCGGUGGCGCAUCCCCCGCAUCCUCUGUGAGCGGCGCAGGGCUACCCUUGAGGUGAAGGCGCUCUUGGCAAGGGUCGCGGACCAGGCGUUUGCUAGCAAGAGGAGCCUGUACAGCCGCCUCGUCAAGGGCUCCGACGCCGACCAUGCCACCCAAGCGGUGGCGGAGCAGUCUGGCAUCUUCUCGGCGAUAGCUGCCAUCGACCAAGCAAGGCGUGCCGCUGCUGCGGGGGCGGACGACUCGACGGUGGACCUCCUCCGGCUGAUCAACGACGGGGUCAAGGACCUCAGGGUGAUUGUGGUAUGGGGAACAAGUUUCCAUCUUGGCAACACUUCUGCCGUCAAGGAGGCCUAUCGUGACGGUGGGUGUGAACAUGGAAAUGCAAAGUUUGGCUGCCGGGCUUGGGUCAGAUUGGCAAGUGCCUCCGGUCAGGAUGAAUUUUUAAGGAAUUUGGUAAGCCAACUCUCCGCUGAUGUAACCGGAGAUCAGCGUGACCUCGCGGAAUUGAAGGAAAUGGCGACGGAAAUUUUGAGUGAGACAAGGUUCCUGAUGGUCAUCGAUGGCCUAUGCUCCAUAGCUGACUGGGAGUGGAUCAAAGCCUACUUCCCCGACAAGAAGAACGGCAGCCGAAUCAUCGUCUCCACGCGGCAAGUUGAAAUUGCAAGUUUGUGCGCGGAGCGACAUUACCAGGUUUCAGAGCUCACGCAGUUGGCACCUGAUCAGGCUCUUUACUUGUUCCACCAUAAGGCUAAACCUCAAGAUGAUUCAGCCAAAACCAUCUCCAACUCGAGCCCAAUGGUAUUUGCUGACGAAUUUGUCUCUGGGAGGAACGAAGAAAUAGCCAAACUUCUCCAAUUAAUUCGUCAGGGACACAACUACCCCGGCUGCGAGGUGAUUUCAGUGAUCGGAAUGGGAGGUGUUGGAAAAACCACUCUCGUGAGAAGCGUCUAUAAAGAUAAAGAACUUGAUAGCUUGUUUCAAAAUCGUGCUUGGAUCACUGUGCAACGUCCUUUCAGUGUUUUGUCUUCCCUUAGGAGCAUUGCUCGGCAAUUGUAUGGGCCAAAUGCAGGUCGGGAGAUUGAAACGGUGGGAUUAGAGGAAACGAUCGACGAGAUUACUAGGCUCCUGUGCGCGGGGAAGUGCCUUAUUGUCCUUGAUGACCUAACAUCUACCGCAGAUUGGGAUUUGUUUAUUAAUUACCUGGAAAAAACUGCGGUAAUUGUAGUCACCACAAGGGACUACAAAUUGGCAAGACAUUGUUCGAGGGAUGGAAACGUGCUCAAAGUUGAAUUCCUGCAAGACAAUUAUGCAUUUGAGCUCUUCAAAAGAAAGGUGUUUAAGAAGGAUGAUGAACCUUUUUCUUCAAGCCCUGAUUUGAUGGACGAAGCGAAACUUAUCCUAAAGAAGUGCGGUGGACUUCCCCUUGCAAUAUCCGUGAUUGGUAGCUUCUUGUCUGAUAAGCCUAAAACCAGACUUGAAUGGAGGAAGUUGAAUUCUAAAUUGGGGAUUAGUGAACCGCUACAGACGAUGAGAAACAUCCUUGUUAGGAGCUAUAAUGAUCUUCCUUAUCAUCUAAAGUCUUGUUUUCUGUACAUGGCCAUUUUCCCGGAGGACUAUAACAUUAAGCGGAAACGCUUGAUUAGGUUGUGGGUUGCAGAGGGUUACUCAAGGGAAAUGCAAAACCUGACUGCAGAGGAAGUUGGAGACGAGUACUUCGCUGAGCUAUUGGACAGAAGUAUGAUUAUACCAGUAAAAAAGGUAACCCAUAGCACUGGGAAAAUUUUUUCAUGUGUGCUCCAUGAUCUUAUCCGUGAAAUCUGCGUCUCAGAGUCAAUGAAGGUAGAACUUGUAUUUACACUGGAGGAAGGGUGGAGUUCAAACACAAAAACUAAAGUACGUCAGCUCGCCAUAAGCAACAACUGGAAAAGAGACAAGGAUGAAUUUGAAAGAACUCUGGACUUGUCGCAUGUACGGUCACUUAUCGUGUUUGGGGAGUGGAUGCCCUUUUUCAUCACAGACACCAUGAAGUUUGUUCAUGUACUUGACUUGGAAGGUGCUUCAGGACUAAAAGAUCAUCAUCUCAAUCAAAUUUGCCAGCUGGUUCACCUGAAGUACCUUUCUCUAAGAGGAUGUAAGGAUAUUUUCAAAAUGCCUGAGUCGUUGGGGAAUUUGAGGCAACUCCACACAAUGGAUAUAAGAGGUACAUAUAUAUUCCAAUUGCCUUCCAGCUUUAACAAGCUUCGGAAGCUGCAGCAGCUUCAUGCAUCUGCUUGGUUUAAAGAUGAACACAAAGUAGGGCCCUCCAUAUCAAAUGAGCGUGUAACGGAAAAUUUGAAGAGACGUGAUAAACUGAAACUAUCCUUUUGCUACGACAAGAACUUUCACUUUCUAGGUCGUAAUGUAUCGUGUGUUGUGCAAGUUCCAAGAGGGAUUGGUAAACUGAAUGCACUACGCACGUUGGGUUACGUCCGUUUUGGACAUGGAAAGAGAAAUGCGUCUGUGAAAGAACUUAUAGGACUGACUCAAUUGCGUAAGUUAGAGUUACACGGUGUCGACAGAACAAACUGUAGGGAUUUCUGGUCUGCCAUUGCUGGUCACAAUCAUCUGCUGUCUUUAUCAGUGAAUAGGGACUGUGUGGCAGAUGAUUUGGAUUGGCAUUUGGGUGGGAGCUUGUCACCUCCAAAAUUCCUCAAGAACCUUAAGCUGUGGGGCCGUUUAGUAAGAGUACUGGAAUGGGUACAGCAGCUUCAGUAUCUAUCAAAGUUGCAGCUACAUCGCAGCGGACUGAAGCAAGAUGCCAUAGAAGCCAUCGGGAAGCUGCCAAAUCUUGGGAUCCUACGUUUUUGGAAAUCUUCGUUUGUAGAGGGAGAGCUCAAAAUCAAAGGGGGAUCGUUUCCCAGUCUCAUUCUGCUGGACCUUCGUGAAUUGGAUGCCGUUACAAUUGUGGAGUUUGAAGAUGGUGGAAUGCCUAAACUCGAGCGGCUGCAAGCUGCCGGUUGGAGCAAACUGAACGAAUUCUUGGGGCUAGGGUAUCUCAAGAGGCUCAAGGAAAUUCAGCUGGAUCCCAAGUUCAGUGACGAAUUCAUUGGAAAUGUACGUCGCCAAAAGGAGGAGCAUCCUAACAAUUUCAGUUUGAAGCUGAAGUCAGAGCAGUCUACAAUGGUUCGUGACUUGGAGGACUAGUCCUAAUCAGUUGUAACUCGUGACUUCCACGAUCUGUUUCUACAUCUCAAAUUCUCAAUAUAUCCAUGCAUCUCCAUCCCAAAAUACAGGCUCAGCUGCUUGCUCUGGUCUAUACCACCGACCACUAAUCCUAUAUAACUUACUUAGAGGGUACCACCUGAGGUAUCAAUAUUCUAUAGUAUCAAUCUUUUGUAGUUUUGUACCAAUAUACCACAUCUCUAAAUUAAAUUGCUCGCUUUCAAGCGCAGAAAAGUGCUCAGUUAUUUGAGCC